CGUGUGGAUAGCACUUAGGGGCUGUGAUAUCUGAUAUCGUGUGGAUAGUACUCAGUCCCUGUCUGGAUUUCUGUAAUUGCCGACUGGAAAUAGCAAUUAGACCGUGGACGUAUGAUAGAGGUCGAUGAGGCAAUAUAAGCAACAUCAAUAUGAGGAUAGCGGCUCUCGUACAACAGCUUGAUGAAGAUUGGAAGUAGCAGUGACACGAAAUAUACAACCUUUACUGGUAGGCAGCAGAUUGUCUUGAAGAUCAGAACCCAUCAUCUGAUUACAAUACUAAGAUGAUUCUCUGUGUCGGUAAAUCAGAACUGAGAGAUGCUUCAUAACUGUCUUUUUCAAAGGGAAAUGAAUAGGAAAAAUACCAAAGACACCUAAGUCGGAAAAGGUCUAACGAUACAUGCAGUCAAUUACCGGCGUAAUCUCUCUUGCCUGUAGUAAAGUGUUGUUACAGCGUCACUUCUUUUGAAUUUCUUUUGAUGUCUCGCGAGGCUUUGACCGCCUUCUCAGUGUGAUAUUAAUUGGAAUUUGAUCCAAUACCCGGAGAGUGGCUCGUGUGGACAUAUCCAUAAAUUUCUGACUGUCUUUCACUACUUACACUUCAUCUGUGUAUGCUUACCACUUUACUAUAACAGCUUUAUUGAUAAAUUCUGCCUUCGCCCAUGUAUUUUACAAGUCUCCAAAAACUUUAAACCAAAUCGUUUUACAGGGCUCAUUUUUAUUAUCAAAUUAAACAAAUUACUGAAGAGGCUUAAAAUCGAUGUCAACCUUGAAUACGGGUUUUAUGGAGUGCUGUGGUGUUUAAAUAUGGCUUGAUGAAGUGAUUUUAAAUAUGAGAAUUUAAUCUGUUUUAUGAUCAGUAUUAAUUGCUCUGGCAAGCUUGACUGGUGGUUAACGAGAGAAAUAUGACGUUCGGAGAUGAUCAAUGGAUGUGAAUAUUUUAUGCACUCUAUAGGAUUCUUCCACACAUAUAGCCUUGCCGCUCACUGACUUACCCGGGAUAAUAAGCAGAGUGUGCUCGAGUUGGAUUUCUAGUGAUAUAUUCUUGAACGAAAUGAGAAACUUAUUUAAUGGAUCUAUAUAGUUGGCAGAUAAGUAUUAAUAAGUUUGAGCUUUGUAAGAGAUCCAAUCAGGCGCUCUAAAUGGUUAAUAAACACUUUACGUGAAGGAAUUCGUAACCAAGAUUUAAAUUACCAUAUAUUCUUCCCCGUCCCUUUCUGCUAAUGUUAUCGCCCUCCGACAGGCAGAAUAAACAGAGACUGAUUAAAACAUACUGGCGAAAUGAAUUAAAAUGACUGGUCACCCUGAAUAACAUUGAGUUGUUCAAAUAAAAGUUGAAUCAAGCUUACCCAUUCCCUCUGUGUAUAUGUAUUACAGUUUUGAUAAUCAAUAAGGAUAGAAUAUUGAGAGGAUUUACUGGGCGAAUUGGACGACUAAUCCGGAUCACUAUGGAAUUUAAAUGUUUAAAUAAUAUACUUAUAUAAUCCGGGUUUGUACCAUUGUACACAGCGCCAAGCAGGUGUCACUACAGUAUACAGAUGCAGUGACGACACACACUUUGAUUUUGGAAAGGGGAAAAAAAUACCACGAGGAUGUAGUGUUGCUGCUUUAAUUUGCAAGUGGAAUUUAUCUUGUUUCAUUUUGAUUAAAAAGGGUUUAAAUUCAAAGAAUACACAAUGAAUGUCGGUAAAACGCGCCGCGCGUACCACAGUAAUUUGAAUCUUCCGAAAGCAUUUACACAAUAUGACCUGGUGCAGUCAGGGUUUGGAAAGAGCAUGUCUAUGGAGAGAUUGAAUAGAAAUCACACCACGCUCGACUCUGGAAGAAGGAAGAAGAAAUUUUCUAAGCUACAAGAUACGGAAAGCAAGGAAACACUAUCUCUUUGUUUACCGAGGCUGGAGCCCGAAGUCGAUUUAGAUCUCGAUGUUGAGGCAAGAGAUGUGAGCGCCACAACGAGGCUGGCUUCCCAGAUGGAUUCGAAUCCCAGAGGCACAGUAGAACCGGAUGUUCGGACUGAACACGAAAGCGAUAGUGAUGAGUCGGAUUACCUUAAUAAUUAUGAUGAUGACACUGAAACGGCUCACAAAAAAUUGGAUCAAAUCGGAAAGUUCGAAAUGGAGCAUAACUGGUUGUUGCAUGAAGGUUUGGAACGUGAAAAAGAAAUGUUUGUAAACAAAAGCAGAAAAAUUAAUAUUGCUAUUCCAGAUGAGGAUCCCACCAUCACGGUGGACAAUAGAAUUGAUGAAGUAAACUCAAUGGUAAAACCCAAGGCGGACAUUGGUGUUCUUAUACAAACCAUGAACCCCGAGCAACAAGAGAAAAUUAAGAAUAUUGCAGAGACAGGCGUCGCGGACAUAAGGAAGAGGUUUCGAAAGGGUUGGAAGAACAAGGACAGGCUUCACCAUGCACUCCUGAUGGUCAAGAUAUUGAAUAGAGCUUAUCUCCCGCGAAGAAAAUAUUUCAAGGAAGAGAAGCCAGUUGCUGGAAUUGCCUUAAGACGCCUGAAAGCCCAGGAUCAGUCUCAGCAGAUUGACGUACCACUGAGAUCUUCACUAGCCUUUGACAUGGAAUUGGCUCUGACUACAAACCCUGCCUAUAGAACAGAGGAUGACUUAGCGAAGGUUAUAUGGGUGCUACGAGCUACUAAAGCUUUCAAUCACCUAUUUCCGGUGGAAAAAGAAAAGGAUCUGGCGAGAGUCGUUGGUUACGAAAAGUAUGAACCCAACAGAAUCAUAGCAUACCAAGGGAGGAAACCAGAACGCUUUUACUACAUUAUGACAGGCAAAGUACGAAUGGUGAGAGAAUACGGAUUGUCCACGGGGAAAGUCACGCGGACAGAGGGAUUAAUCAACAAAGGAACUACAACUGAUUUGGAGGAGCUGGAAGAACAGUGGUCGAGGGAGCAUCACCUGGUGACGCAGGGGAAUGUGGAACUCCUUAUCCUCCACAGAUCAGAUUUGAUGAGAUUGCAAAACAAACUGGAGGGGCCUCCUAUUGACUAUCUUAGAACUUUGCAGUUGUUCUAUGAAUUUCCAGUAGAAGUGUUCUUAACCAAUACGGACGCAAUCGAACUUAAAUACUACGGACAAGACGUGGUAAUAUCUGAUGACACAAACAGAACACCAUGGAUACACGUCGUGAAGUCGGGACGUGUUCGAGUUGUGCGCAUGCAGGCUGUCAUUGAUGUUCAAAAUGAAAGUAAAUUUGCCAGUCAGAAAACAGAAGAGCUGGGAUUUGGGCGCUCAUUUAGUCACGCUGAUGCCAUGCUGGGAUCCCUGUUUUCACAACGAAAAGCCAAGGCCGAGCGCGGCGGAGAUCAAGUUUCCUUUCCAGAGAUGCCGGACUUCUUGCGAAGCCCUUUAGGACACACUCUUGGAGUUGACCUUAAAUCUCUGUCGAAAUUUAGUGCCCGGUCAACUCAGUUUUCUGAAGGAAUUGGUCUUCUGUCCAACUUAACAAAGCGACAUAAAGCAACAACACAAGCGGAUAGUAAACUAGAAAACAAAAGCGACAGUUCUAGAGAGAAAGACAGAGAGACGACCAAAGAAAGCAAGACCGAAAGCAAAGACACAAAAACGGAAAUGAUACCUUCUGUAACGGAAGGUCCCACCAAAGCAAAAAACAUAAAAAGGAAAGCAAAGCUAAUCAAAACGCCUAUAAUAGCUGAACCUAAGACGGAUGACCCAAAGAGUGGGAGAGGUUCCCGAGCAGACCUAGCGCCAGAGCAUUAUGUCAUUGAGGAAGAAACACCACGAGAUAUGGCCAGCAUUUCUGCCAGAUCCUCUUCAAAUGGGACUGUAUCAUUCCCUCCAAUUAACGCUUUGCCGUCUGCCAGAUCAUACGGAGAAAAAUCCACAGCCAGCGAAUUUCGGCCACACGGAACUUUUCUUACUCGUGAAAAAACUGAGGCAGAGUCUGCAGUAUCAGCGAAACUCAGACAACCAAAGCGGAAAGAGCACGUCCCCUGCCUACCUAAGUUACGGUCUGCCAAGCUCCAGCUAGACAUUUUAACUGCAGGAGACAUCUUUUUGCAGCAUUUAGACAGCACCAAUAAUGGAUUGAAGGGUCUGGAUGCAGUUGCCCGAAAGUUUAGCAGUAUGUACCGUGAUCCGUUUGGUGAGGGUUUGGAGCAUUUAGAUCCACCGAUUGCCUCAGAACCAAAGGGAGUUAGUUUGAUAAGUGAUGGUGCUGAGAUCAUACGUAUCAGUAAACGGUUCUUCCUACAACAUGCUCAGAACAACACUAUGUUACGAGUGGAAACUAUGCAACGUGAUUAUAUGUCAGUGGACGAAGCCCGUAAAAUAAUAUACACUAAUGAGACCUGGAACCAAUAUAAAGACAUCCUGAUGAAGAGAAAGAUCGAUUCCUUGGUUCGGAGGGAGUAACCCCAUCUCUGUUGUGUCUCUGGACACCUCCAUGUGAUGAGGAGCUGGGAGUCAAAGCGUGAGGGGAGGAAUGAGGACUGUAGAAACUCUGUCCUCAACAAGCUGUGAUAUAUACUGACUGUGCAAUACAGUUCCAACAUAAAGGCUGAUUUAUCAGUCGUUUGGUGCUUUGUGCUGCAGACACAUGUCUGAACGUUUUGAAUCAUACUGCUAGUCAUACAACUCACUUGUGAUACAAUACUACAGUGCAGCUACAUAGCAUUUGAUAUUUCAAGCUUUUGCGGCGCUAAAUGUUUGCUAUUCGCGAUUGUUCUAUCUGUGAUCAAUUCUACAACGAAACAUAAUGAGAACAUGUUCACUUUGUACAGAUUCAGAAUGCAUUUGCUAUCAGUAUUAUUAUAUUUCGUUAAUGAAAAUCAAGAUAUAUGAUUGAAAUCUAAUAAAUUAUUAUGAAUUAAUCUUA